GCGCCCGGACCUUCGACGGCGUCGUCGUCGUCGUCGUCGUCGCCUCCGUAGUCCACGAUAGAACGUGGUCGUCGGGCAGUGUUUAUACAUAUUUACGUCACGUCCCAAGUCGGCCGCGGACGUUCGUCUCUUGUUUUUUGUUUCGUGUCGGUUCUUUUGUUUCCAUAGUCGCUCCAUUCGCGUCGCAAUUCGAAGGGCAUCAUCGCCAAGCGUUCCGGGCGUUACACGUUUGGCGGUCGACCGCGACUCUGGUCCUCCCACUCGAACCUCCGCGUCAAGGACCGCGAUGCGGCGAUGAGCGGCGAAGACAUGGCGACCACGGGCUACUGCUACGAUUUCGGCGUCGGCGCCGUCGUCCCCAAAAAGGACAAAAAAUGGUCGCUGGGCAGCCUGUUCAGGCGCGGCAAAAAACGCGACGAGAGCGCGAGCAGCAGCGACGAGGAGCGUCGCGGCGGCGGCUUUUUGGGGCGGCGCCGGCGCAAAUCGGACGGCAAACGGAAGAAGCCGAAGCCGCUCGUCACUUUCGAUCACGUGGUGCAUCCCCGGACCGCGUCCUACAACGGCUACCACAACACUCGGCAGCGCGAUGACCCGGGCAUCUUGUCCGACCCUUCGGGCGGAUUCCGCACCUAUUCGAGGACGACGCCCGCGCGUGGCGCCUCGCCCGGCUCCUCCGCCGACAGUAUAGCGCGCAAGAGCAAAAAAGACUCGACCAAGGCGAGGGCGGCGGCCCGCAGGACCGCCCUCGGCCACGAGAGCAGCUCCGACGAGGCGGACUCGCAACGGUCGACGUCGUCGCUGCGUAUCAGGAGCGACGAGAGCCUCGCGGGGAGCUACAGCAGGAAGUCGCGGGCGGCGCGCACCGAGCGUUACCUCAAAAGGCACUCGCGCGACGGCGAGAACCCCCACCACUACCUGAAACUGUCGAAAUCGGACGCGGACAAGUCGCCCAGCAGGAGCCCGAACCCGCCUCCGUCCGCCGCGAGGGUGAGCAACUCGACCAGCAACCCCUCAUACAAGCCGCCCCUCUCGAUGAACGAGUACAACGGCACGGUGCGGAGGACGGGGGAGGAGGAGGAGGAGAACCGCGUGAUCCACGUGCGGUUCCCUAUCGUUAGGCCGCGGUGCGACCCACCGCCGCAGCCGCCCCCGAGGGACCCGAACCGAAGCGUCGCGGCCGCGAGGCCGACCACGUGUUACUUCGACACGGACCACCCCUCUAAGCCGUUCGGUUACCGUUCCAAUUCGGAAAUGCACCUGCCGAACGAGGCGACGAUCCACGCGGUCCGGCCCGCCUCCGCCACCCCCGAACCGACCAGGCACCGCAACAAGUACCGCUAUCUUACGGACAAAAGUCCGAGAAGUCGCAAACCCAUACUGAUACGGGCGCCCGAAGCGAGGAAAGAGUCGACGCCCACGCAGGACGCGCUCGAUUUCUGGAAACGGAUCGAGGAGGACGUGAACCGGACCUGCGGUCCGCGCAUGUUCACCGGCCAGACGCGCGUCCACUCGCGGGUAAUCCUGCCGGACGCGUCGCGACGCGACCCGAGCCCUUUCGAAUCCGUCGACGAAGCGAACCGCGCGGAACGCAAAUCGUCGAACCUGGAGGACGCGCUCGACGAACUGGAGGCGAUCUACAACAGUCUGAGGCUCGGCGACGAGGAUCUGCUCGAGCGGGCGGAGCAAAAGGAACGGGAGGCGGCGGAGAGGAGGGCGCGGGAGUCGAGACGCGGGGGCGGCGCGACGAGCGACUCCGGUUUCAGUUACGAGCCGUUCGAGCGGGCGCCGCGGCGCCGACGCGACAAAAUGCCCGACACCGAGCACGACGACAUGUACAACCGAAAAUUGGCGGGCAGGAAAAAAUCCGCGACCAUAGGCGACCCGCAGUCGGUCAUCGCCAGCGUCAGCUACCUGCUCGCCUCGCCGGCGCACCAGGGCGUCGACGAAACCGACGCCAUAACGCGCGACGACCUCCUCUAUAGGAACGUUAAAAGGUCGCUGAGCAGCCCGAAGACCGUCGAGCCCCAGCCGCCGUUCGGUAUACCGCUAGGACCCGUGAGCGCCGCCCCCAACAGCGACUACCUCCACGCGACGCCCGUGAACUUAUGUCGGCCGACGCCGCGGCCGAUCCCGGACGUCGUCAAGGACGACCUAGCGUUCAGGAACCUGCGCAAGGAUCCGAACAAAGAACCCGCGCUGCCCAACAAACUCGACCUCAACUACUUGAAGAAGCGCCGCGCGGUGCGCUCCCUGUCCGCCAACAUCGGCACCUUGCUCGGCGUCGAACCGCUGGACAUCGCUAAGAAAGUGCUCGAGGAGAAGAGCACCACCAACGGAGACAUUUUUAAAGAGAGCCGGCUCCGGUUCUUGGACGGCCUGAAGGGCACCGCCCCGACCUCCCCGUCGUUGGACGACCUGCUCGAUUCGCUGGCGAUCGAGACCAAAAUCACCACCGACCGGAUCGCCAAGGAGCUCGAGGAGUUGGAGGAGGGACGUAAACAGAUCGAGGCGGUGGAGGAGACGGUCGAACCGAUGACGUUGGAGCCGGUGGUGGCGGAGACCGCGAAUCUGGUGCAGUCGUGCGUGGUGCCCGACGUCGAGUCGGACCACGACUACGAGAACGUCGAGUCCGAUCGGGAGACGAGCAAAUGUCGCUCGCCGUUCGAGGAACGCAAGGGGGCGCUGGUGGCCACGUUCCAAGAACUGAAGAGGGACUUGGACGAGAUCAGAGUGCCACGUUUCGACAACAAAACCGACUCGGUGUACGACAAUUUGGAAGGCGCCGAUCGUACGCCACUGCCUCGAUGGUCACGCCCCUUAUCCUGUCCCGAUGAAGCGGUCAUGUCGUCGAACCGUAGGGAUAGUAGCGUGGGCGGCGGGCAGAAGCCCGGACCCGCCCCGCAGCAGGACACACCGACGCGGCGCAGUGGCGGCGCCACCAGCGGCUCGGAGGGUCCGAGGCCCACCCGCGCGUCGAAGUUAAGAGCGCAGGUGGCCCUGGGCCACUACCAGGGGGCGGGGCAGCAGAAAACGGAGAAAGGUCCCCCGUCGGAGAGCAGGACGUCCCCCGCCAGUCCCCGCAACAAGGCGGACAAGGACAAGAGCCACAAGCGCAAAUCUAAUCUCAAUCGGUCGCUCACGUCCGAGGAAGUCCCACAAGUUUGCUACCAUCUCCCGUUUCCGACAGUCACCGCGUCAUUUCCAGACGAUGCCAAGUCUCUCCGUCGCCGCGCCAGGCGUUUCUUCCCGCCCGAAGUCCUGGACCGGCGCGAUCCUACCGACUGCGCCGAAAAAGCGCGCGCCGCUACGUCCGCUGCCUCGUCGUCGUCGUCGUCGUCGCCGCAGAAAUCGUCCGCCAAACGUAGCGAAUUGUCCGCUCACAUGGAGAACGCUAGGAGGGUGGUCGCCAACGCCGCCUCCGACAGGUACCGUCCGUUUUCGAAACGCCCGGUGCCGAGGGGCGACAAGGAGAAUCGCGGCGACGCGACCAUCUCCAAGUCGGACAACGAGACCAACCGGGACAUCGCCCGGCGUAUGGAGGAGCUGACCGCCUUCACCAGGGAGACGUUGGCGAGGGUGGAGAGACUCGCCAACCGCAACAAAACCGCCCCCGGUCCGUCGUCGAUACUGAAGAAGAAAGCGAAACAGGAGAAACAGGUGGUGGUCGCCACGGAGGCGACGUCCUCGGUCCCCGUAUCCAUACUCAAACGCAAGGUCGUCCAAGAAGACAAAACCGGCGAGCCGGCGACGUCCACUCCUCCGGUGACGUUCUCUCCCAGCGUCGUCGAACCGGCGACCACGAAUCGGAAACAGGGGAUCCUGAAGAAGCGUCGCAGCCUGGACGAGUCGACGGUCACGCGUCACCGCAGCUGCAGCCCCGACAUCGUCAACCAGGCGAAGAGCUCCGCGGACUCGAAAUCGAUACUGAAGAACCAGCGCAGGUCUUCGCUGGAGGAGUUGAGGAGGACGAGGUCGCCCGAAACUCACCUCCACGGCAUCCUCAAGCGGAAAACGUCCAGGCACGAGGACGAGGACCAUUCGUUGAACUCUCCGGCUAGCAUAUUGAAGAGGAGAUCGGGCGCGAGUAGCGCCGGUAGUACGGGGAGCACGCCCCACGUCUCGAUAACGACGGCGGUGAUUCUGGCGGCCGCGGAAGGCGCCGAGAUGGUACUGCAGCAAGCGCCUUCGGCAAUGCGGCCGAUACUGAAGAAGAAGAGUUCGUCGGACGAGUACGCGGGCGGCGUCGAGACGCCGACGGACGCGACGGCGCCGCGGCCGAUCCUCAAGAAGAAGUCGAGCAGCGAGACGGACGACGCGACCACCGAGGACAAGCCCAGGCCUAUCCUGAAACAAGAGAGGUCCGACGGUGGGGAAACGAGGCCGAUACUGAAGACGUCGCUGAGGUCGGAGUCGCCUCGUCCGAGACUGUCGUUUUGCGGGGAGGCGUCGUCGAGCGUCGACGAGGCGAGACGCGCGAGAACGUCGAGACGCUCGCACACCAUCUGCUCCGAUUAUAACGUCGCAUCGAACGCCAUGGGUAGGGAGAAGGACGAGGACAGGACGUUGACGCAGGCGAGGCCGCUGUCCGUCCUCGAGCUGGUGCGCUCGUUCGAGAAGACCAUUAGCGCACCGAGGCGAUCGACUCCCUCCAAGAGGACCGGCGACCGGUACAAGACCCAGCCCAUCACGUCGGACGAGUUGGAGCGAAGUUUGAACCUGGUGAACCUCGUCGGCGGCAGUCCUAGGCGCGAGAACGUCCACGAAGGAGGCUCGUCCUACCACCCGCACCGCAGCAGCGCCCUCUCGACCAGCUCCCGUUCACUAGACGACAGUUCGCACCCCCUCGUGCCAGACUUUUCGUCGUCGCUCCGCGAAGAUGGCGGCGGCCUGACGCGUUUCCUGUCGUCGUCGUCGUCGUUCCAAGCGGACGAGAGCCCGACCCACCACAAGACUUCCUCCGACUCUGCCUUCCAAUCGCUUGGAGACGGUUUGGAGUUGGAACGGGAGGAGGCGACGGAGGAGGGCGAGAUGUUACGGCCCGACCAGAUGAAGGCGAUCGCCGAGGAGGCGAAACGUAAGCGGCAAGAUUUCGGCGAGAGGCGCGGCAUCCUCAAACCGGAGUCGACGUCGUCGUUGCCGAGACGGAGUCGGUCGUUCGCCGCCCCCGGGUCGAAGAAACGCGAGUCAGCGUUCGUCGACUUCGCCGUGGAGGCGGCAGCGGCGGAGAAAGACGACGAGGGCAUCUCGUGCAACUUUUCGGGCUCCGAUUCCGAAACGUCGGAGGCGAAGGCGAAGCCCGCCACCUCCUCCCGGAGGAUCUACGGAGGCGACGACACCGCGUCCGAGGGCGAGUCCUCGGGGGGCCGCGAGGUGCGCAAGAUAUUCGGCGGCAACGACCUCGGUUUCAGGCGGAAGCUAGAGGGCGCCCUAUCGACUAGCCGGAGCCACGCGAGCUUCCACGUGGCCGGAGGAGGCGGCGCGAGGUGGGAUGCUCCGUCGUCCGCCGAGCACCGCGAAACCAGCACCGGGAAGCCGUCGUCGGCGUCUUCAGGUUUGCGACGCUCUCACACGCACACGGCGGGCGCGAUGCCGCGCUCUAUCGCCGACCUCAAGGCCAAGCUCCAGGAGCGGGGCGAAAGGGACUGGAUGAAACGCGUGCAGGUCAACAACAACAGCUGCGACGAGCUGAAGCUGCUCAAAGAAAAGAACCGCUACAACGACGAAUUGUCGGAGAAGUCGGUCCUGGCCGCUCGAAAAGACGAGCUCGACGCGGCGUCGCGCCAAUGGAAGACGCGCGUCGAAAAGAGCGACGCCGAAAAGUUCUCGGUGGCCGGGAAAAUGGGCGUCAAGGUCGACAAGGAGUCGGAGGCGGCGCCGCCCACCAUAAACAUACCGGCAACGGACAACAAGAAGAGGACGCCGCAGGCGAAAAGGUACAAGGGCAAGGACGAUCCCUCGUCGACCCCGUCGUCGCCGGAAAAGAACAAACUGUUCGACUUGACCCGCAGCAAGUCGGCUCUUUAUCCCGCCGUGUUCGCCCAAGAGAAAACGGACGCGGAUACCACGUCCAAGAUAUCCAGUCGUGUGGUAUCUGUGACGAAGCCGGACGACGAGACUUUCCGCACCUUCUUCGAGAGCGUCGAGUUGAAAACUUGGGGCGACGCUUCCCUGAACGUAGACCCCGCCGAUUUCGACGCCGUGGAGCGACACUCGCUAUUGGUGGCCAAGAAAAACGUGCGGGUGCAGCGCAGGCGGGGCGCCACCAGGAACCCGAUCAAGGCGCUGGCAUCGCGCAGCGACAUCGCCGAUGAGUACACCGAGGUUAUCACCGGGGUUGCCGAAAGAGAGAAGAAAAGACUGAACAUUGAGAAACUCGCCUUAAAUUCUAACAAGGCGGUGGAAGCGCUCGCCGGCCUCGCCAGCAACGAGGACUUCAAAGCGGUCGCGUUGAAAAAGGGCUCCGGCCCGACGACCCUGCUUCCGUGGAAGAGCCCGAUGCUGUUCCAGAUCAAAGGUCGGCGGCACGUGCAGACGCGACUCGUCGAGCCGGCGCCCGGCAGCGUCAACGAGGGCGACUGCUUCGUACUGGUGACUCCCGGCGCCCUCUACAGCUACGUCGGCGCCUACUCGAACGUCAUCGAACAGGCGCGCGCAUCUGACGUCGCCGCCCACAUCCAGAAAACCGGCGACAUGGGCUGCAACGUCGCGAAAAUCGUCGCGGUGUCCAACAAGUCGCCCGGGCGGCACCUGGAGGCUUUCUGGAGGGCGCUGGGCAGCGAUACGGUGCCGGAGACCGUAGGCGCCGGACAUCCGGACGAGGACGAGACGUACGAGACGAACAUUUUGAACACCAACAUGAUUUACCGGCUCGAGGGCGACGAGCUGGCGCCCUACGAUCGUUACUGGGGCGCCGUGCCCAAAAUUCAGAUGCUGAAAGAGCAGGAGGUGAUCGUAUUCGAUUUCGGCUCGGAGAUGUACGUGUGGAGCGGCAAGAACGCCCCGCUCGAGAAGAAGAGGCUCGCGUUGAAGCUGGCGCGCGACAUGUGGGACGAAGGCUACAAUUACGUCGACUGCGACGUGUGCCCUUUGAACGUCGCGUCCGUCCUUGGCGACAGGAAACCCGCCGGCGAGCCCGCGCAGAAAGCCUCCAAGCGUCCGGACUGGGCGCUGUUCUGCAGGAUAACGCAGCACCGCGAGACCAUCCUUUUCACCGAGAAGUUCCUCGAUUGGCCGCACUUUUCGCGCGUCAUUCGCGCUCGAGGCGCAGACGGCGGCAACAAAUCCCGCACGCCGUCCAUCGAAAUAAAACCGUGCAACGUCGACGAGAUGGCGAAGGUCAAAGACUCGGAACCGGACCUGGUGGUCGGCGACGUCCACCUAGGUCGCGGCCACUCCUACUUCGACGACGAGACGAGACGUUUGUUCAGCUACGAAACGCUCGAGAUCGUCGCGUGGCGCAUCAUGGAGAACACGCACGAGCGUCUGGACGCCAACUCGGUCGGUCAGUUUUACGACGGCGACAGUUACAUCUACAGUUGGAAGUUCAGGCAGACGGUCAAGGGGCGGGAACUGAACGGCAAACCGUCGAAACACGCGCCCGUCGGCAAGGACAGGUGCAUUUUCUUCUGUUGGCACGGCGCCAAGUCGUCGGUGAACGAAAAGUGCCUGGCCGCCUUCCUCACGGUCGAGCUGGACAAGCAGAACGCCCCCCAGGUGCGGGUCACGCAGGGGGCGGAGCCGGCCGCUUUUCUGAGAUUGUUCGGCGGCGCGAUGGUCAUCCACCUCGGCAAGAGGAACGAGGCGGGGCGCGGGAGGCGGCCGCGAUUGUUUUUAGUCCGCGGCGAGAUGGAGGACGAGAUUUACCUGAUGGAGGUGCCGGCGGAAACGGACAGUCUGCGCAGCAGGACGUCCUUCGCGCUCUUCGACCUCGAACACGCGACGGUGACGGUGUGGCACGGCGCCAAGGCGAGCGAACAGAAACGGAGGGUGGCGAUGGAGGCGGUACGCAAAAUCGUCGACGCCAAACCGUCGGAGUUGUUUCCCGAAGAGUUCCUAGCGGAGGUCGCGGUCACCGAGACCGAGGAGAGUGGCGAGGGUGGGGAUUUCCUGGACCGCGUUCCCGGAGGGCGCGAACGCUAUCUGUCUCUCGCGAACAGCGACGACUCCUACGACCACACGCCGCGAUUGUUCAAAAUGUCGAGCACGACCGGCAGCUUCGUCGCCACCGAGGUGUUGUGCCCGCACCGGAGUCGACACGUCAGUCCGUACCCGUUCGUGCAAUCCGACCUGUACUCCGCCAGUCAGCCGGUGUUGUUCCUGUUCGACAACGGCCACGAGCUCUGGCUGUGGCAAGGUUGGUGGCCCGAGACGGAAGAGGAGGCGGACCUCGCCGCCGAUCAAACGGGUUCGGGUCGGGUGAGGUGGCAGGCGGAGCGCCGAGCCGCCAUGCAAACCGCCGUCGCUUACUGGAAGAAAACGCGCGACGACGAUCGUCCGGUGGUCGCGUACCUCGUGUGGGCGGGGCUCGAGCCGACCGACUUCCGGAACCUGUUUCCCGCGUGGGAGGAGCGAUGCGACGCCGCGGAGGCGAACACUAGAGACGGACGUACGUUCGGGGAGAAGCCCCGCCUCGAGAGCGUUCUGGCGAGACUCUCGAGGACGACUUACCCGCUAGUCGACAUUCUGCGCAGACCGCUCCCCGAAGGAGUCGAUCCCACGCAGCUCGAGGUCUACUUAUCCAACGCGGACUUCGAGGAGUUGCUGUCGAUGUCGCGCGAGGAGUUCCGCGACCUGCCGCCCUGGAAGCGAACCGCCUUGAAGAAGGAGAAGGGUCUGUUUUGACCGGCCACGCCCCCUUUUUGUUUUUAAUCACAUAUCGCCGUCACGAACGAAUAUUUUUUAUAGCAGCGUAUUUGCUGCGAUAGUACCGCGAAACUGCCAUUUUACAGUAGAAACGUACUUAAAAGUCUUGCCCCCCUUCCUUACUUACGGCCGAUCGGCUCAGUCCACGCGAGCCCUUAUCCCCCCCUUUCCCGAGAGCCCGUUCUCGCUUUUAGUUUGUGAUUUUGAAAGUGUCAUUAACUGUGAUUAGGAUAUUCGAUGUGUAUUUGUAACAUAUUUUAUUUGUAAAUAUAAUAUCGUACGAGGUGCCUUGCCCCCACUCCCCGCCAUAUGCAAUUUAAUAAUGUUCUCCGCCCCUCCGCGCUCCUCGCUCCCACCGAAAUUCCGCUUUUGUACUAAAUUUUAGGGUCAAACGUCGAUUGUAUAAUAAUUACGUGUGUAACAGUGUUUCUUUUUUUGUAUAUUUUUUUCUCAUUUCUCUAAUAAAUAUUUUCGAUAUUACUCCUC